UAUCGCCCAAGAUAAUCUUCAUCAUCGUCUCCUCUCCCCCUGCACAAGUCAUAGAGCAACAGUUCCAGCUCCAGACCUUCCUGCACGAUAUCUCGUCCCGAGUCCAAGGGUCCUGUUUCGUUUCUGGCAUUUCUUACCAUGGCGGCAUCGAACGAUCAUCAAGACGUAUUGAAACCUUUUCACGAGAGAGCCGCCGAAGCUGAGGACCGGUUGGCAAGACUUGAAGCUGCCUUUGCUACUAAGAAAGAUGCUGGAAAUGAAAUGCUUAAGAUGGCUUCUGAACUACAAUUGAAACUAGAAGGCUUGAAAGCUGACCAAAUUUCAGAAAGGAAAAAGGUUUUGGAAGAGUUCGACAAACUUCAAGCAGAAAAUGCGAAACUCAAAUACCAAGUUACCCAUCUUGUUCGGGCAUUAAAGGAGGCUGAUAUGAAGUUAGCUUCAAACUGAGGUAUAAUGAUUACUCUGGGAAUUCCUGUUACACAGUUGACCAAUUAUAGCACAAUAUUGCAAUUCACAAACCUCUCAAUCUCCGAACAUUUGUAAUUUGCCAAAACAGAUAUUUUUUGCCUGACUUGCGGAAUGAACAACUUUUGUUGCUUCAA